AUGCUUUGGCGAAUUCUGAAGAUGCCGCUUUCUGCUAAACCGCGCGACAUUACGACACUCCAAAGGACGGCGGCCAGUGAGUUUUAUCAUUGAACACGUUUUGUCCCCAUUUUCGUUCGGUUUUCAGCUGAAAGAAUUAUGUUCACAAAUUAUCUUUGUGAAUUUCAAUAUUUCAAGACUUUCUUAUCCUCGCCUUCUUGUCGGUUUUUGUUUGCAAGUUCCUGAAACUAUAAAAUUCCAGAGAACUCGUCAAUCAUGCCGCCGAAGCAACAGCCUAGCAAAAAGGCUGAGACCAAGCGCAAGGAGAAAGUAAUCGAAGACAAAACGUUCGGUCUGAAAAACAAAAAGGGAAACAAGACCCAAAAGUUUGUUCAGCAGGUCGAGAACCAGGUAAUUGUGCGCUUUUAACUCUGAAAGACUACUAACCUCUAGGUUCGCAACAACAACACUCGAAUGGACCUUGUUCGGCAGCAGGAAGCCGCGAAGAAGAAAGAGAAAGACGAGCUCCUCGAUAUUGCCAACCUCCUGAAGCCCGUGGAGCAGAAAGUCGCCAAGGGUUCGUUCCCAUUCGAUGGAAACUAAUAGCGUGUAAAUGUUUCAGAUGUCGAUCCGAAGUCACUUCUUUGCGUGUUUUUCAAGCAAGGACUUUGCGGGAAAGGAGCCAAAUGCAAGUUCAGUCACGAUCUGGCAGUGGCUCAAAAAACGGCCAAGAAGAACUUGUACGCGGACAGCAGAGAAGUGGACAAAGACGGUUUGAGAGUAUGAGAGUGAGAAGAUAGAGAUGAUUCAUUUGCAGAGACCAAUGAGAAUUGGGAUCAAGACAAGCUGAAUGAAGUGGUGAACAAGAAGAACAAAGGAGGGCACAUGAUCGAUAUCGUAUGCAAGUACUUUUUGGAAGCGGUAGAAAACAACAAGUACGGAUGGUUCUGGGAGUGCCCGAACGGAGGAGACAAGUGCCAAUACCGUCAUUGUCUUCCGGAGGGAUUCAUUCUGAGAAAGGAUCGGAAGGCGAUGGAACAACAGAAGGAAGACGAAAUAAGUAUCGAAGAACUUGUCGAAAAAGAGGUAACACCUAAUGCCAACAUGUAAAGAGCGAUUAAUCGGGUGUAGUUUUCUUUACCUUUAAAAAUAAUUUUCAGAGAGCUGCCCUGAACUCGAAAGACUUAACAAAGUUGACGCUGCAAUCAUUCAUCGCCUGGAAGAAGAAAAAACUGCGAGAGAAGAGAGAAAAAGAGGAAGCAGAAGAGAAUGCGAAGCGGGAAAAGAUCAAGUCUGGAAAACACGUGAGAUAAAAUAACAAAAUUCUGAUAAAAAUGGCAUUUUGCUCAGAAUGGUAUGUCCGGACGCGAUCUGUUCCUGUUCGACGCCAAUCUCGUCAACAACGACGACGACGAAGCCGGAGACAUUGAAAUGGAGAAGGAGGAGGUCGAUGUGAGUUAUUCAGAUGGGAAUGCGAGAAUCUGAAAAGAGACAUUGCAGGAGAACGAGAAGGUCUUCGAGAUUGACGCCAAUUUCUUCAAGUUUGAUGGAAUGGACGACGAACUGACGAAUCAAAUGAGCAACUCAUCGACUGCCGUUCAAUCCACUGCUGGAGGUCGAAUCUUGCAAAAAUUUUAUUUGUCUAGAAACUUUUUUGGCAAUUUCCUCAUAUUUCUUCGCGCGUUCUCUCCGAAUCGGAAUGUCUCGCAGACGUCAAGUUCUCUGCCUGUCAAUAUCUUUUCUUUAUCAGACAGAAAGUUCAAACAUCACUUGCGACUUUCAAAUCGAGUGCUUUCUCAAGCAAAUCGAUAAAAGCACACGUGUAAUGGGAAACGAGCUCUUUUUUUGUUCUGCGUCUCUCAGCGGCAGCAUCCUCUCGCAAAAAUUCAUUUCACGAAUUGCAGCGAUGGCAAAGAUGGACAUCAACGAGGACUUGUUCGACAUCGACGAGGAUGUAGAGAAUCUCGAUUCCGACGAAGACUGA